UCCACCUCACCAUAUCCCAUCGCCGUCAUCUUGGCAACCAUAUCCCUCAUCACAACCCUGCUCAUCAUACCGCCAUUCGUCUCCCAUCUCCGCAACCGCAAUCUGCCCGCAUGCACUCUCGUCCUCUGCGUCAUCUACUCCAACUUCCAGUCCUUCCUCAAUGCGGUGAUCUGGCCGCACGACAACAUCACCCACUGGUUCUCCGGCGUCGGCCUCUGCGAUGUCGAGAACAAGCUUCAAGUCGUGGUGGCGAGCAUGUUUCCCGCAGCUGUGGCAAUGGUCCUGCGAGCGCUUGCGAGAGUUAUGGAUACAAACUCAGCGAAUUGGAGCGCAAGUACGGCGCAGAAGAAGAGAGACGCUGCGAUUGAUUGGGCUUGCUGUGUGGUGAUCCCCAUGUUGCAGAUUGUGACGGGAUAUAUCAUCCAGCCGUUCCGCGGAUAUGUGCUGGGUAUCGCGGGAUGUCUGGCGCCAGGCGAUGGGACUUGGCUGUAUUUCCUGCUCAUGAUCGUGCCGCCCGCCUUGUGGACUUUGUUGGCCGUCUACUUUGCUGCCCUCACCCUCCACCGUCUCUACCGCUACCGCGCCUGCUUCAACACAAUCAUGGCCAACUCCCACACCACCAAAUCUCGCUUCCUCCGCCUCUACCUCCUCUGCACGCUCGUCAUCCUCAUCUGGCUCCCCCUCGAAGUCAUCAUUCUCGUACGCAACAAGCCGAAAGAGCUCGUCUCCUUUGCCUGGAACUCCACUCACCAUCCGACCGAAUACCCCUGGUCGAUCAUCCUGCGUGUGCCCAGCAAGGGCGAAAUCCCCUUCGAUCGAUGGCUAUGGCUCGUCGGUGGAGCGGCAAUAUUCGCCUUCUUCGGCUGGGGAAGAGAUGCUGUCAAAACCUACCGGGAUGGCCUAAAGAAAGUUGGCUUGGAAAAACUAUGGCCCAAGACGACCAUCUCGCGCGGCGCAUCAACGAUAGGAGGCGGAGCCAACACCGUCACCAGCAAGGCAAAACUGCUCAUCGAGCACAGCAAGCGGAAAAUGUCCUUUGCUUCGACCUCAACCUCUUCGACCAGCAAUAACACCUCCACAUCCCACCCGUCCCCAAACCCAAACACCAGCGCGCCAACC